GAAAAAAAAAGCUUUUAAUAGCAAUUAAAUUGUCCUGGACGACAAAUUAUUAAAAACAAUAUAUUAACGUAAAUUUUAAAUAAAAAAUAUAUAUAUAUAUUUUUUUAUAUACUUCAAUAAUGCAAAACUCAAAACAUUUCAGCUAUUGCCCUGCCAUUCGUUCUGAGAUGACAUUUAGACAUAGCUAUCCUGGAACCUAUACCCCAUCUUCUUCCGACAAAGAACGAAUUCAGAAACCUCAAGUUGAUGUUGAAAAAGUUCGUCGUAUAUCAAAUACUUCUUUAUCAUCUAAUGAUUCCGGCGUAGGUUUCUCUAAAGCCGAUUAUGAAAUUCAAAGAGCUUUAAAAGCUCAAAGAAUAUUACAACGUCCUCAUAUUAUUGUACUUCAUAAAGGAAGACCAAUUUCUCAUUCAACCGUUAAAAAUUUAAAUAAUAAUCACGAUGAAUUCGAAGCAAAUAUCGUUGUAGCUGCUGCUACUGCAUCAAAGAGGAAUCGUAGAGAAAUUUCUGUUAUGCAUAAACGUCAAACAAUCGUCUCUGUUGGUACUUUUUAUGAUAAAGCGGAAAGUUUAGGACAAUUUAAUCGUUUAAAAAAUAAUAGUGCCCCUAAUUUAUAUCAACAUACUCAAACAAUUACUGAGAAAACACAAGCAAUACUCCAAGAAAAACAACAAAAGGAAAAUAAAGAGAUUAAAGAUCAAUUACCAAAGAACUCUUCAUUCAUGCCUAAGCCAAAAUUAUUAUUUAGAUCAGUUUCUUUAUCAAUAAAGAAACUUAUAGGAGUUGACAAAGAAAAGAAAAGACGAAGCCAAUUAAUUAAACAAAUUCGUCAUCAACCAAAAUUCUUAUAAGAUUAGUAUAUUAUAUUAUAAUAUUUUAAUAAUUGUUAAUUUUAUAAUUUAUAAAUAGAAAAAAAAACAAAACUUUUUAAUAAUAUUUUCACGUAGCAAAAAUUUCAUUAAAAUUUCCAUCAUUUUCAUUUCGCAUUUUCUCAUUUUCGCAUAUUUCGCAUCGUUUACAUAUCACU